CAGCAGCACGGGCAGCAGCAGCAGCAGCAGUAGCAGCAGCAGUAGCAGCAGCAGCAACAGUAGCAGCAGCAGUUCCUCGGCGCAGCAAUGGCGGAAAAGUUACCGAUGUGGCUACAGAACCGGUUAGAUCACGUGAAUGAUCGACUGGCGGUGCGAGGUCAACAAAUUGGUCCCGAUGCCUUACGCAAUUUACCGAACCGGUCAUUUAAGAAGAAUGUACCAAAGAAGCUGCAGUACAAGAAAAAUUGGAGAAAUUUGAAUCGACCUCGGCAAGUCCAGAUGAUCGACGAUCUUACAUUGCCAAAUGCUCCGGCAGCAGUCGUUGGUCAAGCUAUCGGUGUUCAACCUGCAGCAAUCGAUCCUCCUCCUGGUGUUGAGCAACUUGCUACUGCUGAGAUUGUCGAUGAACCCUUUGUUGAUCGAGAACAACAGGUGCUUGAACAACAUGCAAAUGUUCAAGAUCAACAAGAGAUCGAUCAAUUGCCAGCAGCUGUUGACGAUCAACAGGAGGUUGAUCAAUUGCCAGCUGCUGUUGACACCAACGAUGGUCGAUUCAAUGCUCCAGCACCAGAUCUGUCGCCAGUCGUUUUACUGGUUCGAUUGCCUGCUUCUGCAUUUGAUGCUGCAAAGUCUCUCGAUUCCACUGCUAUACCAGAUGCAUCGCCAGCUGCAGUUGACGACACUGGACAUGAUGAAAAGGCAUCCGAUACCGAAUCUGACGAUGACGAUCCACAAUCUGUGACCUUGGAUGUGGACAAACGAAGCAGCUCUCGAGCGCCAGGAACAAGCGGGCUAAAAACAGUCGGUGUUGCUUCUCCUGAAGCAUCACUUAACGUGCCAACGUGGGAAGACAUGGUAUAUUCAGAUAGCGAUUGGGACGACGGAGAUCCAACAAUCGAGAUACCGGACGUGGAAGCUGAAAAUGAUGGGGAAGAUGUCCAAAAACCAUCGCGACAAUGGAGACAUGAGGAAGAAAAAGUGUUGUUGCACUGUCUGGUUUCCGAUAGGAGCACUCUUGCGAAAAUCAAAGAUAACUGCAAAAUGCAGAAAAUUUGGUUGAAUGCCCAGGAGUACAUGAGAGAAGCAGGUUUUUCUCGUUCGGCUAAGGCAUUCGGGCAUAAGGCCAAAAGUAUCUGCAGAUUGCCAGUAGCGACUUUGAUGGCAAAGUAUGCUUUGUCAGUAGAUGAUGCGAAGUUAUUCCACUGUCUGUGGCAGUAG